UGGAUGCACAAAGAUCCCAAAAGACUAGCACAUUAAAAGAAACACAUACUAGUUAGAAAGAUAGAGAGAAAGAGAUGGCUAAUAGUGUAGAACAAGACUCAUUGUAUUCAUCCUUUGUAGACGCAAGAAUCUCAUUUUCCAAUGACUUUGCAGACAGUGAUCAUCUGAAGCUUCAUCAGACAAUUUCAUCAAGACAUGACCAGAUGAAGUACAAGGAAGCUCCUGUCUCAUCUGAUUUCAAAUUCAAUGUCGAAAAUUACGGUUUCCUUUCUGCUGCUGAUGAGAUCUUCUUUGGUGGAGUUUUGUUGCCACUGGAGAAGACUCAGAGGAAAGCGACCACACUGAGAGAAGAGCUAAGUGUUCAAGAUUCUGACCGUACGAACUCAAAAGGGUCUCGUAAUUGGUGGAAACUAGGUCUCAGUAAACCCAAGAAAAUUCACUCCAAGAACAGCAGCAACAACAACAACAACAGUUUCAAUCUUCCCCACAAAUCUCAGAAUUGUCUUGCAAGUAUAUUGGAAUCUGACGACUGAAAGAUGGACUCUAGUAAAAUCUCAGCUAAUUACGGCGACCUAGACUUCUAAUGCUAAUGACAAAAAUAAAUUAUUUCCGAUUUUUUUUAAUUGAUCUUGUUUUACUUUGAGUUCUCGACUUAUCUCUUGUUAUUAUGUAGUUUUCCUUUAUUUAUGACCACAUGAGCAAUUGUUAUGCAACUGGUUCAGUAUUUUAUACUCU